AAGCAAGUACUGAUUAUAUUUGCUUAUCAGAAGAGCGUUCUUGGGUGGCAGAGCACGGAACAGCAGCAACAAUGAAAAGUGCAACUCAUUGCGCAGUUUUAAUUAUCGUCGCGCUUAUCGCAGCCAGCAGUGCAGCCGGCGGAGGGGAACAGGAACGCCCCUAUAGACGUAGCUUCAUCAACCCGUAUCCACGGUACAAGUUCUUCGACGAUGGUGUCGAUCCCGGCGAGCCACUGUUCCUCACGCCACUCAUCCAUAAUGCCUCGAUCCCGAAAGAGGAUGUGCAGAAGUUGGCCCGCGUCGUGGGCUCUCAGUAUCAUGGCGUAGAGAGCUAUUCGGGUUAUUUGACGGUAGAUAAAGGAUUCAAUUCGAACAUGUUCUUUUGGUACUUCCCGGCGGAGCAGGAUGCAGUCUAUGCCCCGGUGGUUUUGUGGCUCCAGGGGGGUCCUGGCGCCUCGUCCCUCUUCGGCCUGUUCACUGAGAACGGCCCACUGGAGCUGGAUGCCCAUAGCAAGCUGCAGAAGAGGAACUACACCUGGAGCAAGACCCACAAUCUGAUCUACAUUGAUAAUCCCGUGGGCACGGGCUUUAGUUUCACGGACAAAGACGAAGGCUAUGCCAAAAACGAAAAGGAUGUCGGUCGCAAUCUUCACGAGGCCGUGAUGCAGUUGUACGAGCUCUUCGAGUGGAGCAAUUCGAGUGGCUUCUGGGUCACUGGCGAGUCCUACGCUGGCAAAUAUGUCCCAGCGCUGGCCUAUCACAUCCACCAAGUGCAGAAUGCCAUCGAGACGCGUGUCUAUGUGCCGCUCAAGGGUGUGGCCAUUGGCAACGGGCUGUCGGAUCCACUGCAUCAGCUCAAGUACGGGGACUAUCUGUAUCAGCUUGGCCUCAUCGAUGACAAUGGCCUGCAGAGCUUCCAUGCGGCGGAGGACAAGGGUGCCACCUGCAUCAAGAACCACGAUAUGGAGUGUGCCUUCAAUGUGUUUGAUUCCCUCAUUAACGGGGACCUCACCAACGGCUCUCUCUUCAGCAACCUCACGGGCUUCAAUUGGUACUACAACUAUCUGAAAACGCACGACAAUUCGGGCGAAAACCUGGGAAAAUUCCUGCAGGCCGGUGAAACGCGUCGCUCCAUUCAUGUGGGCAACAAGCCCUUCCAUGAUCUCGACAAGGAGAACAAAGUCGAGCUCCACCUGAAGCACGACGUGAUGGACAGUGUGGCCCCCUGGAUAGCCGAACUCCUGGCCCACUAUACGGUGUGUAUCUACAGCGGCCAGCUGGACAUCAUUGUCGCCUAUCCCUUGACCCGCAACUAUCUCAAUCACCUGAAAUUCCCUGGCUCCGAUCGGUAUAAGGUGGCUCCUCGUGAGAUCUGGCGCAUUGGCGAAGAGGUGGCUGGAUAUGUGAAGCAUGCUGGGCAUCUGGUGGAGAUAAUGGUGCGCAAUGCCGGGCAUAUGGCGCCUCACGAUCAGCCCAAGUGGCUCUACGAGAUGAUCAAUCAUCUCACGCACUACAAGCAUUAGCUUUACUUAAACGGGAACACUUGAAAUCAGAUUUUAAAUAUGUAGAUUUCUAUAUUUUUAAUGAUCUUAUUUUAAAUAAAUCAAGUUGAGUUUA